CCUCUCAAAAAGCCAAAAGAGAAGCUGUUCUCCAAAAACCCACACCGUCCUCAGGUCUUAUUCACACCUCCAAACCAAAAUCUCUCCCUCUUUCAUAUUGUAUUCUAUUCAUAUUCUCACAUCACAAAUAGAGACUUGGAGACCAAGUUCCCAAAAAAAAAAAACAGAGACAAACGUAUGAAUGUGAGCUCUUAAAACCUCUCAAGACCAGACCAAACAUAUACGUGUAUGGAGAGGAAAGAUCAUCAGCAUAAUCUUUACCAGCAGCAGCAUCUCGACUAUCCCUCGAUGGCGCUGUUCUCCGACGAGAUUCCCACCAGCCUCGCCGGGGGAGGAGGCGGCCCCUUCGACCUGCCGUUCGAUCAGAAGGGGUUCAUGGACUUGUUGGGUUUCCAGGAUCACUACCACUUUGCUGCGCCGUCCCCUUCGUCUUCCUUAUUCGAUCUGCUCGGCCAGCUCCAGCCCCCGCCGCCAGCCCCUCUGCAGAUGGAGGUGCCGUCAUCACUGUGGCAGAAUCAGCCGGGUACAGCUGUCCCAUCGCCGGUGCCGGCGGAUUCUUCGGAGGUGGUGAACAACCCCGCCACGCCCAACUCGUCCUCUGUUUCUUGCUCAUCGAACGAUCGUGAUCGAGCAGCCGAUAAAGCCAUGGGAGAUGAUGAGGAUGAAGAUGGCGAAGGACGGCGGGGCGGCGAGGGUGGCCGCGACGAAGAGGAAGAGGAAGAAGAUAAGACUAAGAAACAGUUGAAACCUAAGAAGAAGAACCAGAAGAGGCAAAGGCAGCCGAGGUUUGCGUUCAUGACAAAGAGUGAGGUUGACCACUUGGACGAUGGCUACAGAUGGCGGAAGUACGGCCAAAAAGCUGUCAAGAACAGCCCUCAUCCUAGGAGCUAUUACCGUUGCACCACUGCUGGGUGCGGUGUGAAGAAGAGAGUGGAGAGGUCCUCGGAUGACCCGUCGAUAGUUGUCACCACCUAUGAGGGGCAGCAUACCCAUCCGAGCCCUGUGAUGCAGCGCGGGAGCAUCGGAAUCAUGCCGGCGACCUCCACCAGCUACGGCAGUGCGACCCACAGUUCCGCCCUCCUUUCGCUGCCGACAUCUCAAAAUCACUUCCAUUCCUAUAUGUACAGAUCAUCUCCUUCCCCUUCACUUAUUGGUAACGUUAGCCCUAAUGCAAGCUUCAGCUCUGCUUUUCCUAGCUUACAUCAAGAUGGAAGGUUCGAGACCUCGUUUCCGCCUUCCCUGCUGACCGAUCACGGGCUUCUUCAGGACAUGGUGCCACUGCCCGCUCCAUUUCCGAAGGAACCGAAGGAAGAGUAAUUAAUUAAUUCUUAUUGUAAGUUUUUAAGUACGAGGUCAUAUAUAUUUUCGCUAGACGACAUGUACGAACUCUUCUAACCGAUUGAGAUAGGUUCCUUAGUUAACCAAGUUAUUCGAGUCUCCCGCAUACUUCUGCGUUUAUCAUCAGAGAAUGGGUCGAAGAGCCAAAUUCAACAUGGGGUACUAGCUAGCUAGCUAGAUUUUUUAUGGCAGGUUUUAUUUCUUCUUUUUAUUAUGACUGGCAUUUUUGCUGUGCUUUAGGGAGCAUGGCUUAGCUCUUCUUGGGUUCCUUUAUGUUUAUUCUUUAUAUGUAGAGAUGAUAUAUAUAUAUAUAUAUAUAUGUUAACUGUCGAUGUUAAUUAUCUUGA